UUAACAACAUGGCGGAUGGAGUUUCGAUAUCCAAUAAAAACAUACUGUAACAAUAUGAUAAUUUCAAGGAACUGCAAGGGAUCCCUCCAGACAGUAUUGUUUUUACCCUAUUUAGACACAGCUUAGGAUAAAAGUUCUACGAAUGAAGAUAUCGAGGUUCUUUUACUGAGAUCGCAAGUUUUACCAAGACAUGAAGUGGGAAGUGCAAUGGUCGCCAAAUCAUAGCGACAAAUUCAUCGCGUUCAACCAUGAGAUCUGUCUUUACAAGACUGUCACAGCCAAGGAUGCUACAAAAUCUUCUGGGUGUCGGAAUCAGGCCAUCAAGCUUUCAGAUGAGUCUUAUGCAGUUCCUUUGUCUGUCAUUGGGGAUGUACAGUCCCUCAAGUGCAUAGCAUGGUACCCACACUCUAACCCUGACGAUCUGUUGGCUAUUGGACAAGGAAAUGGCAGAGUAGUUAUUACAAGCUUUGGUUGUGAAAACAGACAAGCAGAUAAUAGCCUAAGAAGAGAAUUUGUUCCAAGACACUCAAGACAGUGCAACGCCUUGGCUUGGAAUCCUGUUUCAAGAAACCUGCUUGCAGCUGGUCUUGACAAAGUCAGAAAUGACGUGUCUCUCUUGGUCUGGGACAUUAAUAUUCAGCUAACUGUACGGGAUAUUGCUGGCCAAGAUAAACCAAGUCGUUACUCAUCAAGCAGUGGGAAACAAUCACCAAAUAUGGGCACAGGCAUGAAUGACCCAGGGAUUAUGGGAAAUAGGCCACUUGCUGAACUAUCAACCUCAGAGCAAACACACUCCGUCGCUUGGUUCCCAAGGGAUCACAACUGCCUAGUUGCUGGACAGGCUCAGAAGUUCCUCAGAAUAUUUGAUCUCCGAGAUCCCACUAGACCUCACAGUGCUGCUAUCACCAAGGCUGUAUCUGGGGUCAAUGUUGACCCCCACCUUGAACACCAGGUGGCGUCCUUCUCUGAGGGCCCUCCUGGAGUCAUUUGCUUAUGGGAUAUUAGAAACUUUGAAACUCCAAUAAUGACUGUGUCCCAACCAUCAGCACUCGCCAGCAUUUCCUGGAGUCCGUCCAGAUUUGGUCUCCUUUCUACCCUCAACAAGGACAGCUCUGUUGUUCGACUCUAUGACAUUCAACAUGCACAUUUUGGAGCAAUGUUUGAUGGGUAUGAUACUGAUACAGCUAUUAUUGAAAGAACCGCCCAACCCUCCAAGUCACUUAUCUCAUCUUUCUCCUGGCACCCAACAUAUGAAAACCAAAUGCUUACUGUUUCACCUACAGGUACAAUAUCUGAAUAUACUAUCUUUGAAAGGAUAUCUGUGGGCUGGUCUCCUAAUUACCAUUUGACUAUUGGUUGUGGAAGGCAUCUCGUGGAAUGCAGCAAGGAGCAGGCAUCUGAAGCCAGUCUUGAAGAUGACAUCUCCACCAAGAUGAAAAGAAGGGCCCUGGCUGGAUAUGGAAUCACAGCCCAAGAUCUCAAAUCUAUAUCAAAGAUAACCCAAGACAUGAAGCUCCUCAAGCUAUGGACGUGGCUAAAUCAAGUCAAGAAAAUCAGAGAUAAAGUAAAGAAGAAAGGAUUCAAAUUCUAUGGUAUAAAAAGUGCGAUUUCCGGAGAUCUUACCACAGCUGAUAUGACAAGUACUAAAACAAAAUCAGAUUCAUCCUACCAAGAGCAACGGCUGGUCACAACUUUGUAUUACAGUGAGGAAAGGAAGACAGCUCUUUCAUUGUGUGGGUGGGAUUUUGCUGAUAGUAGUGGGAGUUUGCCAGAAUUCCUUAACAAACUUCAAGAGCAGGGCAAGUACGAGAGGGCAGCUGCAAUCGCAUUAUUCAACAGCAAGAUUCGCCAAGCCAUCGAGAUUCUCCGACAAGGGGCCAAGGUGAACCAAGAGAGUUCUGACAAAGAUAAAGGGAAAACGCUUAACAUGGUUGCCAUGGCAUUGUCCGGUUACACGGAAGAGAAGCGCACACUGUGGAGAGAAAUGUGCAGUAAUCUUUGUCACGAGAUUGAACACCCGUAUCUUAGGGCUGCCUUUGCGUUUCUCACGUGCGAAGACGAUAAUUUUGAUAGCAUAUUGUCUGAUCGUGACAUAGAAGUGGAAGACAUAGUAGCAUUCGCCUGUAAAUUUUUACCCGAUUCCAAGCUCGUCGCGUUUAUCAAGAUGUUGACGAGUCUGAUGGUGGAGGCUGGUGAUCUUGACGGAAUGCUCUUGACUGGCGUUACCCCAGAUGGAGUCGAUCUUUUGGAGAAAUACGUAAAUAGGACCACUGACGUGCAGACAGCGUGCCUCGUCAUCAUCAACUCUGUACAAAACAUCUCGGACGAGGUCAAAAGGGACAAGCGCGUUUCCUGCUGGAUAGAGAGCUACCGGAAUCUUCUAGACACGUGGAGGAUGUGGCAUCAAAGAGCGCAGUUGGAUAUUCACUACACGUUAAAGGACAGUAGCCAGAAACCCCCUCAGCAAGUAUUCGUCUCGUGUAACUUCUGUGGAAACUCUAUCCUCACCACACCACUGCCAACAGAGUCAAGACCUAGGCGAAUCGCUCAAUACUACACCCCGGCUAAUCGACCCAAGAUAAUGGGUUGCCCUGGCUGCCGUAAGCCGUUGCCGAGAUGUGCGCUAUGCAUGGUACACAUGGGAACACCAUCCCAACAAAACGCCAAACCUCCACAACUAGAUGUUAACGCAGAGAAGCCAGCCGUCGUAAGAAGUGUAAACCCAUUCACAAGCUGGUUCACGUGGUGCCAAUCAUGUCGCCAUGGCGGCCACGCAGAUCACAUUUCUGAUUGGUUCAGGGAGCAUUUGGAGUGCCCUGUCAGCGGCUGCGAAUGCCACUGCAUGAAUCUAGACUCCGUUGCCAUGGCGAUGUCAUCUGAAGUCACGGACGUUGCCAAGAAGACGGGAAGUACUAUAUUUCAAUGACAGAUCUAGAUCAGUGUUAUACUGUUUCCUAGUGUACCAUAAGCCAAGUAUUAGCACCUUUUCAAGAAUGUAUUAUUGAAAUUGAGUAUUAUCCAAAUUGCAUUUUGCACAUUGUCCUCAUCAGUCAACUUCAUUAUUUACGCAAGUCUAAUGAAUCGUUUAAAUGAUUUGGAAAAUAUUGGAAAACGCAGAAAAGCCUUACUUUUGGGACAAUAUACCCAAAACGCGAAAGAACAGAGACUCGACACGGCUGAGUUAGAAAGAAGCAGGAAAAAAGAGAGCUUAUAAGAAAUAUAAUCAGUACUUUACGCGGAAUUGGAUUUGUCGCGUCUGCAAAGCCAAGCAGUCGAAGGAAAUUUGACAGUACCUCAGACAUUUAUUUUUUGCUUUGGAUAUCUUACAGUUUCGGACAGUUAACCAAACUACUGUAGUUAGGUAAACUGUCCAAAACUGUAAGGCUGAGUUCAAACGUCGUAUUAUACAUGAGCCGUAUUCAAUGCAAAUGCAUGCAAAAGAAUCAAGUCGAUUGUUUUAUCUCCAUUUGCAUGCAUUUACAUCGAAUACGGCUCAUGGAUAAUACGACGUUUGAACUUAGCCUAAGAUAUCCAAAGCAAAAAGUCCAAAGGGGUCUGAUUAAUUUCUUUUUUAUCUUUUUUUUUUUGGGGGGGGGAUCUCAUGUUAGGAUAUCAGAUAAUUUUGUUUUUCAAUUAUUUUAAAUUAUUUAGGUUUUGAGUGCUAUUAUCAUACAUCGUUAUUUGUGUUCAAGGUAACGAAACGAAUAAAGAGAGUAGAUACAAGUGCUAUUCAAUAGAAAAUACAGGAACUACUUUUUAGAAGAUGUGCAUAGAAUUGGAUAAUGCUUAAUAGUAGAUUCGAAAUAAACGUGACAAAUAUC